AUGAGCGGCUUCGCCAAGGACCAGCUCUCGGGCGACGGGCCGUCGAAAUGGACUCACCGGGCAAAGGCAUUCCUCCUCGUCUGCUCGCAUCGCAUGUGGCGGGGCGGUCCGCGAUCCAUACUGCAGAUCUCCGCCGUGGCCUUUGUCCUGCUCAUGCUCUUCUACUUCGUCCCGCUGCAGCUCGACGACCGCUACCAGCAGAUGCUCACCUGGUCCGCGCCUGACCCGUCUGCCACGGGCGACCUUCGAAUCGUCGUCUUCGGCUCGCAGGACUUGCUGGGGAGCGCGCCUGAUGCGAAGCAUACUCGGCAAUCAUGGCCGGAACACCUCUGCAGACAGCUCAACUGCCGCUCCGUUCUGUCCUUUGUUCCCCCGGUCGAAUCGCAGCCCGGCCUCACCUCCAACAGCCUCUACGGCACGGAGAUACGCGCCCUAGAAAUGUUCAACGAGCAGGCGAACCUUACCGAGAAGCCAGCCCUCGACAACUUCUACAUCCCGGAGCAGUACCCGGUGCCGUCAAAAACGCCCGACCUGGAGGCGCAGGUGCAAGAGUUCCUGACAAUGUCCCCCCCUAAGGUGCCGCCUCGGGAGACGCUAUGGGUAUUUACCUUUGGCACAUGGGAGACUUGGAACCUUGCCUCACUGCCGCGAGAAACUGGCGAAAGACUCAUCGAGGAGUCGAUCACGAACAUGUUUACCCAAAUCGAACUGCUCUACCGGAAAUCGCUGAACCCAAAGUCGCCCGCCUUUUCCGACUUCUGGUCCAACGUUACCCAGGCGCAGGUCCAGGCUCUCACCAACCCCGACAACGACGUGGACGAGCGCAAGUUGGAGAGCUUCCGCGUCGUGAUCCCGCAGCUCUUCGACAUCACCCUCGCCCCGGGCUGGCAGAACCGCCCGGAUCCGUCUGCGCCGCAAUCGAGGGGCGUCCAUCUGCGAAACGCUGCAUACCUCACGCAGAAGUGGAACUCGAUCGUCUCCAAACAGCUGGAGGACUGGAGGAGGAAGGGCGACUCCAAGCCUGAGGGCAUCGAAAACGAGGGCAUCGACACGGCCUCGACGGUUCCGACAAUGUCUUCUCUGCUGCAGUAUCUCCCGGAAUCGCUUCGGCCCAAGGCAAAGGACAAUAACGACGCUACCAAGGAAGAUGUCAUUUAUGCGCCCUACCCACGGCGCCUGGGGCUACAGUCCACGCUGGUCAGCAAUGUCUUGGAUGCCAUGACGGAAGAAGAGAUGCAGAGGUCUGGCCUGAGAGACAGCAGAGGCCGAGGCACCAGGCCUGCAGACGAUGCGAUGCGGUUCUUUGACGUCUGGACGCCCUGUACCGCCGGUAAUCGAGCGGUUGUUGGCAUCGGCAAGGCUUAUGCCAAUGGCGGCCAAGAAUGCGAGGUCCCGAACGACCACCUAUUCUACGACCAGUUUACCUUUGGAGAGCGUGCCAAGGAGGAGCUGGCGAAGAGGACCUCUGAUCAAAUUCGCGAGACACUGUUUGUUUCAUAA